CUCUACGUUACCAGAGAGUUGGGGUCAAGCUUCUCUUUGUCUUGCUGUGGUAAAGAUUCUGCGAUUUUUCCAAUGAAUUCCCAAAAUCAGCCCACAGCAUGAAAUCAUUCAUGAAACAAGACCAGGAGGGUGUGGUCGGGUCCUCCACCAUUAAAGAUCCACCAGUUGCUGUAUGGGUUACUCACACACCGGAUAAUAUCACCGAUGAUGGUGAGGAUGAUGCGACCUCCACAGGUCGCACAUCCAGUUCUCCACCUUAUGCUGAGCAAGAGAAGGAAAAAAAAGGAAGCCUGAAAGACAGAUUGAAAUCCCUCAUCCCUCAGUCAUGGGGCAAAAAAUGGACAAAAGAAAGCGACUCUGAAGCCAGCACAACUGGUAUCCAGAUCCUACCCAAUGGGACCAGAGUGAGCCCCCCUGUAAGUCCCUUGGUGGAGCGUCGGAACUGGAAUGAAUCUCUGGGAAGCUCCAGUCACAGCUCACAUAAGCCUUUGAUAAGAGAAAGUCCCACUGACUUUGGUCACGUCCCAGUAGAGGAGUCGCUACUGUCCAGCAUCCACCCUGCAGAGUAUUACGCUGAGAAGGUGGAGGUCUACAAGCAGAAGUACUCUUAUUUGAAAUCAUGGCCGGGAUUGCUCAGGCUUCUAGCUGGACUUCAGCUCCUAUUUGGAGGAAUGGUUUUUGCGUGUGUCAUUGCUUACAUUCAGAAAGACAGUGAAUGGUCCAACAGCUACGGACUCUAUAACGGUGUAUACAACAAUGGGAUGGGCCUGUCUGGGUACAGCUACAGAGGUCCUAUGACUCCUUUCAUUCUAGCUGUAGCUGGAAUCUCAUGGAUCCUUACUCUGUGUCUCCUGGUGGUGGGAAUGACAAUGUACUAUCGCACUAUACUUCUCGACUCCUCGUGGUGGCCCCUGACAGAGGCCUUCAUCAACGUGGCUCUUUUCCUGUUCUACAUGGCAGCAGGGAUAGUUUACCUGAACGACUUGAAUCGCGGGGGGCUAUGCUACACAACAAUAGGUAUUAACCCCAUCGUCGCAAAUCUGUGUCGGGUUGAUGGUGGCCAGAUGGCAGGAACAGCUUUCAUCUUCAUCAACAUGGCCCUGUAUCUAGGAAGCUUCCUGGUAUGUCUGAAGAUGUGGAGGCAUGAAGCUGCACGUAGAGAGAGGCAGUAUUUUGAGAACCAGCCUCAGGAGGAGUUUCAACAGUCCAUCCCACUCAAACCGGUAACAACAAAACGCAUAUCAUUCAGGGAUGAUGAAGCUGGUAAAGCGCUGAGUAAAGAUUAUAACAAUCGGGAUAAUCUCCUACAUGACGUCCAGAAGAAUCCAGUCAAUCUGAACCCCAAAGUGCACAUCAUUGCAGACUACUUCAUCAAGUAUCCAGAGAUCAGCUGUGUGGAGGAAAGGGAAAAGUACAAAGCAGUUUUCAAUGAUCAGUAUCAGGAAUACAAAGACCUUCACAGAGACAUCAGUGCUACUCUGAGUAAGUUCAGAGAGCUGGAUCUCAUGAUGGAGCGACUCCCCCGAGAGACAAGUAGCAAAGAGGACCAACGCAGGAUUCAAAGUAUUGUAAAGAAGUAUCAUCAGAAAAGGAAUGACCCUACUUUCCUAGAGAAAAAGGAACGCUGUGACUACUUGAAAGCCAAAUUGAGCCACAUUAAAAACAGAAUCCGUGAUUAUGACCAGGAGACCAUGGCAGAUGGUCAGACAUGAAGAAGACCAGAAACAAGUGUCCACAGCAACUGAUGAACUGAUGAA